AUGUACCGAAAGGGUGGUGGGGAAUCUACAGCAUCGACUUUGCUUAGAUAUUUUUCUAGGCCCCGAGAUGCAGUAUUCCAAGAUUUGACCUAUAUUCAAUACUACGAGAAUUGGGUUCUGUACUCGAAGUCGUCAACCACUUUCAAAAAUACCGAUUUCCUUGAAGAGAUAUGCAAUAGUUAUCCACAGUUUAUUGUAAGAGCUAGGAGAAGAAAUGAGGCAAUCGCCCGAAUCGAUACAGUCUCCCCCAGAACUGGAGAAUUAUUCUACCUGCGAGCUCUUCUGCUGCAUCUCUCAGCCUAUAGUUUCGAGGAUCUAAAAACUGUCAACCGAUUUACCUACUCAAAAUUUCAAGAGGCAGCAGCAGCAUUAGGUCUCUUCGAAAAUCAGUCGGAGGGGAAAGAAAUUAUGCCAGAAGCUGUCCUAAGCUUUUGCAGUCCUAACCAGCUACGAUUCCUGUUUGCACAUCUCCUGAUGAAUAUUCCAGUUACAGCCAUUGAGUUGUUCGAGGAGUAUCAGGAGGUUCUAUCGGCAGAUUAUCUUGACCAAUAUGAUUCUCCGAUAAUGGUUAUUAAUAAAUGUUUAGAUGAGAUUGCAAAAUAUCUUGCAGCUCAAGGCAGUAGGUUGACUGAUUUUGGGUUACCCCAUCCUCAAAACCUCACGGAUGACAUAUCUAUGAAGGCUGUUGCAUUUGAUGAUCGUAGGAUCGAACUUACAGAAAUGGCAAUAUCAUCUCGGGAACAGUUAUUACCCCAACAGCUAGAUGCUUUUGAUACUAUCAUGAAUAAUAUCGAUAGAAUAGCUAUCGGGGAGAUUCCUGAACAUACAUGUUUCUUUCUGGAUGGAAAAGCUGGUCGGGGCAAAACAUAUAUUGUAAAUAAGAUCGUAAAUUAUCUAAGGGGGCAAGGAGACAUUGUUGUUAUUACUGGUUCAACAGCUUUGAGUGUUACACUGUAUGAGAGAGAUCGUACUGCACAUUCUGCAUUUGGUAUUCCUGUCGUUGAAAACAAUAUGGAGCUACAAUCGACUUUGAGUAUCAGGUCAGAUCGGGCGAAAUUACUAUCGCAGUCAAGCUUAAUUAUAUGGGAGGAGAUGCCUAUGGCCAACAAAGCAGCAAUUGAAUGUGUAGAUGAGUUCUUGCAACUCGUGCUUGCCAACGAUAAACCAUUUGGUGGCAAAGUAUUUCUUGGCUUAGGUGACUUUCGACAGGUAGCACCAGUGGUUAAGUCUGCAGGACCAACAGCUACACUCGAAGCAUCUAUACGAUCAUCCUAUCUUUGGGAACAAUUCAAAAUUUUACGAUUGGAUACACCUAUAAGAAAUGCCUCUGAUUUAGAAUAUGCCGAGUGGGUAGAUAAAAUUGGAGAUGGCUGUCAAGAAUCAAAUGAAUCGUUUGUGAAUCUGGAUUUAAUUGAGUCUUUAGACUCAAUCGAGCAGGCAAUUGACUUUCUAUUUCCAACAGAAGUAUUGCAAAAUCCAGCGAUUGUUUCCCAUCGUGCUUUUCUUAGUCCUUUGAAUAUCAAUGUUGAUCAAUUUAACCUUGCGAUUCUUGAAAGAUUCCCGACAAUAGAGGAAAGAACAUACUACAGCCACGAUUGUAUCAAAGAAGAUCCUAAUUUCACAUCCCCGACUACCAACAUGCUACCAUCGGGUGAGAUUCUAGAUUUUCUAUCUAUGUUGAAGGAGCCUGGUGUGCCUACACACAGAUUGGUUUUGAAGGUCGGGUGUGUUUGUUUGAUUAUGCGAAAUCUAUCACUGGAGAAUGGCUUGGUCAAGAAUUGCCGGGUAGUUAUUAAAGAGCUAUAUGAAAGAUUUGUCAAAGUUGAAUUGAUAUCUACUGCAGAUAAUAUUCGACAAGAUACAACUGUUUUCUGCCUCCCCGAAUUGUAUUUGAGUUUCAACCAAAAUAUUGCUCUUGGACUGUACAGAGAAGACAAUUCCCUUUACGACUAG